AUGCAGUUAUCAGGAGAAGACGCCUCAGGCUUGAGUGGACAGCACCAGUGCGACGAGCAAGCGCGUGCCACUGCUACUUCUUCUUCUUCCGCGUGGACUGCAGCAGCAAGCGGAGCACCCCCGAGAGCUACUCCUCAGCAACACCCUUCAGACAGUCGCACCGACUCCCAUGCAGGCUACAAGAAGUGGGGCGAAGAAGCAGUCUCCAUAGUGGCAGCUGCAGAAGUACUUCCAUCUCUCCUAGCGCUGCCGCUCCCCGAGCACGAACCUGCCUUUUGUGCGCCGAUAGAACUGCUGCAGCACACCUACAGCAGCCGAAGCAGCAGCGAGUUGCGCGCUGCCCUCUCGGGUGUACAGACAGCUCAGUUGGUCCUCUCCACUCCGCACGCCGUUGCGAAAGCGCGUCUGGAGGCUGCUGCGGAAACAAUCGCGACGGCGACUGCCUCCCAUAGCCUCUGCGAGCGACACCACGUGCUGCUCGUAGACGUCAUAUGUCGCCUUGGACCGGUGUGCGGAUCUGUAGGAUCGCUUCAUGUGGCAGGCUUGUUGUGGCAUCUGCCGCUUGCUGCUCCCUCAAGUGCUUCAUUUCAGAGGAACGUUCAGCGGGGUAGCAGCAACAAGGGGCCUUUCCGCUUCGUGAUGCAUGAGCAACUCGCAUCCGUCAAUCUUACGAGCAGCGACAGCGAACGGCACGUCGCAGUGUAUGCAGCUGCAGCAGCAGCAGCAGCAGCAGCAGCCGAGGGUCCGGUCUGCUGCUGCCCUCCGGCGGCAUCCCCACAAGCGAGAAACAGCAGCAACAACAGCAGCAGCGAGAACAGCAGCAACAACAGCAACAGCAACAACAACAGCAACAACAGCAACAACAGCCAACAACAACAACAGCAGCAACAGCAACAACAGCAACAACAUGAAGGAGUGUGGGGUGGGAACAGCAGUUGUGGGAUCGCUGCUGUCGCGACAGCAGCGAUCCCACAACUGCUGAAGCCUGUGCUUUGUUUGACAGAAACGUCGUGUCUCCUUGAGAUGUCGCUGCCUCAGUUGGACUGCAGCAGUCGGCUUUUCUGCGGCAAGUGUCUCUUUGCCGUGAACGCGGAGAGCUUCGCCAUGCUUCAGGAGCUGCUGCACCGCAUGCUGCUGGCGUGCAGCAUCAGCAGCAUCAGCAGCAGCAUCAGCAGCAGCAGCAGCAGCAGCAGCAACAACAACAACACCGUCUAG